AUGUCGGCUUCAACAAGAACCGAAAGCGAUGCUUUCGGCGAGAUCCAAGUCCCAAGCGACAAGUACUGGGGUGCGCAAACAGAACGAUCGCUAGAGAACUUCAAGAUCAAUCAGCCACAAGACCGCAUGCCGCCGCCCAUUGUACGAGCAUUUGGCAUACUCAAGGGAGCAGCAGCGACAGUCAACAUGAAGUUCGGCCUCGACCCGAAGCUUGGCGAAGCAAUCAAGGAAGCAGCAUCCGAGGUUGCCUCGUUGAAGCUGGUUGACCACUUCCCGUUGGUCGUUUGGCAGACGGGAUCGGGCACGCAGUCGAAUAUGAACGCCAACGAGGUCAUCUCGAACCGUGCCAUUGAGAUCCUCGGCGGUACAAUGGGUAGCAAAAAGCCUGUGCACCCGAACGAUCACGUCAACAUGUCCGCUUCUUCCAACGACACCUUUCCCACAGUCAUGCACAUUGCUGCUGUGCUUGAGUUUGAAGAGCAACUUCUGCCAGCCAUCAAAGCGCUGCGAGACGCCAUGGAGAAGAAGCGCGAGAGUUUCGAGAAGAUAAUCAAAAUCGGCCGAACACACUUACAGGACGCCACACCACUCACACUUGGUCAGGAAUUUUCCGGCUACAUUACCCAGCUCGAGUACGGGAUUGAGCGCAUCCAGUCUGCUCUACCACGGCUGCGCUACCUUGCGCAGGGUGGCACAGCUGUCGGCACCGGGCUGAACACCUUCAAAGGCUUUGCCGAAGAUAUUGCGUCUGAAGUCAGCAGCAUGACAGGUCACGAAUUCCAGACAGCACCGAACAAGUUCGAGGCACUCGCCGCACACGACGCCAUUGUCGAAGCGCACGGUCAGCUGAACGUCCUCGCCACGUCGCUUUUCAAGAUCGCGCAGGACAUUCGCUUCCUUGGCUCUGGUCCACGGUGCGGGCUGGGUGAGCUGAAGCUGCCGGAGAACGAGCCCGGAAGCAGUAUCAUGCCUGGCAAAGUCAACCCAACACAGUGCGAGAGCAUGACCAUGCUUUGCUGCCAGGUUUUCGGAAAUCAGGCCGCAGUUACAUUUGCCGGCAGCCAAGGCAACUUUGAGCUGAACGUGUUUAAGCCGGUCAUGAUUCGCAAUCUGCUGCAUAGCUCGCGACUGCUCACAGAUGGCAUGAACUCCUUCCGACUCCACUUGGUUGAGGGACUGGAGGCAGAUGAGCGGAGGAUCGCAUCGCUGCUCCACGAGAGCUUGAUGCUGGUGACCUGCUUGAACCCAGUCAUUGGAUACGACAUGGCAAGUAAGGUUGCCAAGAAUGCACACAAGAAGGGCCUUUCGCUCAAAGAGAGCGCGAUGGAGCUGAAAGCGCUAAGCGAGGAGGACUUCGACAAGACGGUGCGGCCGGAGCUGAUGAUUGCGCCGAAAGAGAAGAAGUAG